UUAUUGUUACAAGUUGAUGCGUCGGCGCUUACAACUAACGUCGCCAUUGGUGAACGACUUUGCUUCUAUGCUUGGGUGGACAAAUUACAUGAGAAAGUCGGCUUUUACUUCGCGGUUCAAUCGGGUGGAGCGUUCGAUAUUGACUGGACCAUCACUGACCCACAUGAUAUGAUUGUGAUUGAGGGUGAGAAGGAAAGGCAAGGGGAUUAUAUCUUUACCGCCAAUGCUGUUGGAGAGUACUCUUUCUGUUUCCACAAUGAUAUGUCGUCGUUCAGUGAAAAGUUUGUCGAUUUUGACAUCAUGGUCGAAAACGAGCCGAGACCUGUGGCACCUGCCAAGCCUACGAGUAUCACGGAACAAACUAGCAGCCUUGAGGACAGUAUCUACAAGCUUAGUGGUAGUCUCAGUAACAUCCAGCGUACACAAAAAUACUUCAGAACUCGUGAAAAUAGGAACGUCUCGACAGUUAAAGAUACUCGGGAUCGAAUUGUGAGUGAUCGGCUUUGGGCCUUUCUGUUGUUGAUCGGAAUGUCAUUCACGCAAGUAUUCAUUGUGCGG